AAUACCUUCAUUAAAUUCCACGGUAAAGCUUCCAAAUUACACAAUUUAGCGAAUAUCGCGCACAAAUAUCCCGCCAUUUCACAGACCCCUUCGAUUUCAAACACACACACACACAUCUCCACCAGCCACCGCCACCACCACCACCACCGUCGCCGCCGCUGGACUACCGUCAUCUUACUGAACCUUUCAUCGGCCAAUUUGAUAUUACAUCGAGAUCUUUCGCAAUUGGCGUCAAAGGUUGUUUUUAUGCUUCUUGUGUUGAUUGACAAGAUGGUGGAACUUUUUUGUUAGUAGCUGAUCAUGCUAGCAACUGACAGGCAAAGCACAUGAGUGGAAGCAAUUUUGGUGGUGGUUCUAAACAUGUGGACAAGGUGACGAAAAAUAAUUGGUCUCAACAUGCCGAAACCCAUAAUAAUUUUUCGAACCAAGAUAAAUUUUUGAAAUCCAAUUUUCUUUACUCUCUGCCAACACAAAAACCGUGUGUUGAAGGAGCAAUGGCAGCAUCUUUAAGAUCGUUGUCUUGCCAGUUUCAAAAUGCUACGAACUCACAGAGUCCACUAGCUGAAAAGGCGUGGCAAGCAUUUUCCAACCUUAAAUUGUCUUCUAGAAACUAUAUUAAACCUGGUAAAAGCCGGCCAGUAGCUAAUAAUAAUGGCGGUACUGCCUUUUUUCAAGAUGUUAGAAGACCUACCCAACAAUACUUCUCUGAUGUAAAUAACAAAAAAAUGGGGCAAAAUCAAGCAGAUCAUUCCAAUGAGAUCAAUAAUAUUCAGCACAGUGAGCCCAGGCCUAUGGCCAAUCGGUUUGCAGCAGCUUCCACUUAUGCAUCGAGUUCUAGUGGUGCUGGUUAUAGAAACAUGAACAGCUCAUACAGCAAUGCCACAAAUUCAGGCCACUGUUACACCACAAAUGCAAGUCACUUCAAAGGAUUUGAGGAGACUGAUGCUCGUGGUAUUGAUGACGAUGAUGAUGAUAUUCUCCUGAAUCUUGAUGUGGAUCAAAUAGUAUCCCAACACUAUCAAUCAGCUGGCACACCGCAGUCAUCAGUCACUCCAGCUAUAAUCAAUAACACUGCAAGACAUGACGGCACAAGUUUGCCUCCAGAACUGUGUGUCGACUGCACUCAUGGUUUUAAGUUAGGACUUUGUCCUGAAGCUUCAGACCAUUUGCAAAUAAUGAAGGACAUGCUCAUUUCCAUAUCAAAUGAUCUGCUUGACAACGUUGACCUGAAUUCCGGUCAAAUAGAAAAGCUGCGUCAAGAUAGGUUAAUGUUGAAUAAACAAAUUCAACAGCUUGAGAAAUAUCUCCAGUCUCGUUCAGUUAACGACACAGGAUCCAAAUCAAACUUUGCUUCUACGCAAACUACCGUCACCAGAGCUUUUCAAUACGAAAGUCCUCCAACACUUGCUUCUAGGGUUGAUCCCAUCAGACUUGAUAAUCAGUUUUACACGAAUAACGAGAUAGACGGGUCUAAUAGAUGGAAUUCACCAUCAGUAUCAUAUUCAUAUUCCUCAGCUGGUAAUAAUAAUAUUAGUAUAUCUUCAGCUCCUGUGGAGAGAGAACCGUACAUCCCAAAGUAUGUGGAAGUCAAUUAUAUUGAAGGUUCAAAUGACAAAAAGUGGAGUAAACGCGAUUUCCCAUGGACCAAAGAGUUGGAGGAUAACAACAAGAAGGUGUUUGGUAAUCACUCAUUCCGACCUAAUCAAAGAGAGGUGAUUAACGCAACAAUGAGUGGACAUGAUGUUUUUGUUUUAAUGCCAACUGGAGGUGGAAAAAGCUUGACAUAUCAGUUGCCUGCUUUUAUCAGUCCUGGUAUAACAUUGGUAAUCUCACCACUUGUUUCACUGAUCCAAGAUCAAAUAAUGCAUCUCUUGCAGGCAAACAUUCCUGCUGCUUACUUAAGUGCAAAUAUGGAAUGGCCCGAGCAACAAGGGAUUCUAAGAGAUCUUUGCUCAGAGCACUGUAUUUAUAAGCUGCUAUAUGUCACCCCAGAGAAAGUGGCAAAAAGUGAUUUUUUGCUGCGCCAAUUGGAAAACCUACAUGCACGAGAAUUGCUAGAUAGAAUUGUCAUUGAUGAAGCACAUUGUGUGAGCCAAUGGGGGCAUGAUUUCAGACCAGAUUAUCAGGGUCUUGGUAUCUUGAAGCAAAAAUUUCCAAAAAUACCAGUUUUGGCGUUAACUGCAACUGCUACAGCCAGCGUUAAGGAAGAUGUUGUGCAGGCUCUUGGUCUCGUUGAUUGUAUUAUUUUUAGGCAGAGUUUUAACCGUCCAAACCUAAGAUUUUCGGUUAUCCCUAAAACGAAAAAAUGUCUGGAGGAUAUUGACAAGUUUAUCAGGGGCACUCAUUUUGAUCAAUGUGGAAUCAUCUAUUGUCUAUCAAGGAUGGACUGUGAAAAAGUGGCUGAGAAGUUGAAGGAGUAUGGGCACAAAGCAGCAUUUUACCAUGCUUCAAUGGACCCUGAGCUGCGUGCAUCAGUUCAAAAGCAGUGGAGUAAAGAUGAAAUUAAUGUAAUAUGUGCAACCGUGGCGUUUGGAAUGGGGAUCAACAAACCGGAUGUUCGAUUCGUCAUUCAUCAUUCUCUUCCUAAAUCAAUCGAGGGCUACCACCAGGAGUGUGGACGGGCAGGUAGAGAUGGUCAGAUUGCUUCUUGUGUGUUGUAUUACAGUUAUAGCGAUUAUAUACGGGUCAAGUAUAUGCUUAGCUAUGGGGCUGCAGAGCAAACCCCCUUCACAUAUGGACAACCUCGUACCAGUUCCACAAAUUCGGGAAGGCUAGAAACAAAUUCUGAAAACCUUUUACGAAUGGUUAGUUACUGCGAAAAUGACAUUGACUGCAGACGAUUUUUACAACUUGUUCAUUUUGGCGAAAAGUUCGAUUGUUCUAAUUGCAAAAAAACAUGUGACAAUUGUUCGAACACUCGAACCCUUGUGGACAAAGAUGUCACUAUGAUAGCAAAACAACUGGUUGAGUUAGUGAAAUCAUGCAAACAACAAUUCUCAUCAUCUCACAUCUUGGAUGUCUUCAGAGGUUCCAUGAGCCAAAUUGUUAAAAGGAACAAGCACAAUUUGUUAAGUUUACAUGGUGCUGGAAAACAUAUUGCUAAGGGAGAAGCCUCACGUGUUCUACGUCAUCUUGUUGUUGAAGAGAUUCUUGUGGAGGAUGUAAAGAAAAGUGAUCUCUAUGGAUCCACAUCAUCAGUUUUAAAAGUAAAUGAACAAAAGGCUUUUACUCUACUUGCUGGUCGGCAGACCAUAACCUUAAGAUUCCCUUCUACUGCUAAAGCAUCCAAAACUUAUACAAGCGAUGCAACCCCAGCAAAAGGCCCUCUAACAUCAUCAAAGAAAACUCCGGUACAAGUAUAUACUCCUGCUUCUGCUCAACCUCAAUCAACAGUAGACUCGGGUCUUUCAGCCAAGUUAUUUCCGGCUUUGCGAAUUCUUCGAAGAAAUCUUGUUAAGGCAUCAGAUACUGGUGUCUGCGCACACCACAUAUUUGCGGACACAACACUGCACGAUAUCUGCAAAAGGAUGCCCAGAAAUAAAGAAGAACUUCUUGAAGUCAACGGCAUUGGCAAGGCGAAAGUAAGCAAGUAUGGGGAUAAAGUUUUGGAGGUCAUUGAAGCUACCAUAAAAGAACACUAUGGUGUAACCCGGCCCGAUGAUAUAGAAAAUAAACGUAACACGUAUAUGAACAUCGAUUCAUAUGCUUUCGAGGGGCGGCAUUCUUUGACAGGUGGCAAUGGCAGCAGUGCCAAUAGUUCUGAUUCUGCAAAGAGAAGAAGAAACACAGUUAUAAAUACAUAUGAUGCAUCAAGAGACGACGAUGAUUUUGUUGAUGAUUUCGUUGCAAGCACUGCACGUUCAAAGAAGAGGGUAGUGGAGAAACCGAAUCCGAAUCCGAUCGCUGACCCUGUUGACUAUUUUGAUGAAAUACCCGAUGAAGUUCUUGACUUCUGUGAUUCUUUUGAUAAUGUGGGGACAAAUGUUUCAAGUCAAAAGGCGGAACAGAAUACCGGGGGACGAGUACUACCUUCUUGGUGAAAUGUUCAUGUGGUUUCUGCGCAAAUGUUGACCCGAACCAUGAUAGAAGACUAUGUGAACCUGCAUUCAAGGCCUCAGAAAAAAGUUUUAUCAGUUCGUGUAGGAAUUUUGUACAGUUGAUCAUGCCAUUCUAUUUAAGAAAUGUGUUCUACUUGUAAUGGGUCGUGGGUCGGGUUUGGUGGGGUCAUAUUUAUGUUGUAAAUUCAGUGGUAAUCAGUUUCCUUCUUUGAAUGACAUUUUAUGAUGGAAACGGAACCAAGUAAUACAAAGGGGUAACAAC